AGACAGCCAUUUUGCAGCGCCCAGUGCUGGAAGAUACAGCUGAAGAGCACUGCUCAAGAGGAAUUUUUAAAGGGAUUUCGUUAGUUAUCUAAUUAAUUUUGAAGCUGCUGUUAAUAUUUAGACGAAUCGAUAUACGUACAGAGCAUUAAGCACUUUGCUACGAUUCUUCUUUUGAAACAACGCUAGAAGGAGCAAAGAAGAUGAAUGGUACUCUGGACCAUCCAGACCAGCCUGACAUUGAUGCCAUUAAGAUGUUUGUGGGUCAGAUCCCCCGAUCCUGGACUGAGGAGCAGCUGCGUGAACUCUUCGAGCCUUAUGGUGCCGUCUAUGAGAUCAAUGUGCUGCGAGAUCGGAGUCAGAACCCCCCUCAGAGCAAAGGUUGUUGUUUCAUAACAUAUUACACUCGCAAGGCUGCAUUAGAAGCACAAAAUGCUCUCCAUAAUAUGAAAAUUCUGCCUGGGAUGCAUCACCCAAUCCAGAUGAAGCCAGCAGACAGUGAGAAGAACAAUGCGGUGGAAGACAGAAAGUUAUUUAUAGGAAUGAUCUCAAAGAAGUGCAAUGAGAAUGACAUCAGGAUUAUGUUUUCACCAUAUGGGCAGAUUGAGGAGUGCAGAAUAUUGCGUGGUCCUGAUGGACUGAGCCGCGGUUGUGCUUUCAUCACCUAUACGGCAAGGCAGAUGGCACAGACAGUCAUUAAAGCAAUGCAUCAGUCACAGACAAUGGAGGGCUGCUCCUCCCCCAUCGUGGUAAAGUUCGCUGACACACAGAAGGACAAGGAGCAGAAGCGCAUUGCCCAGCAACUCCAGCAGCAGAUGCAGCAGCUCAACGCUGCAUCUAUGUGGGGGAACCUGACUGGGCUGAACUCACUCGGGCCGCAGUACCUCGCACUUUAUUUGCAGCUUCUCCAGUCCGCCUCUUCUGGGAACACACUCAACAACUUGCAUCCCAUGUCAGGCCUGAAUGCUAUGCAGAACCUGGCAGCCCUAGCGGCCGCAGCCAGCGCCGCCCAGUCCACACCCACAGGCUCCAGUGCACUAACCACUUCCAGCAGCCCACUCAGCGUGCUCACCAGCUCAGCAGGGUCAUCUCCGACUUCCAGCACCAACUCUUCAGUUAACCCCAUGGCCUCCCUUGGGGCCCUUCAGUCCCUCGCAGCAGGAGCUGGGGCUGGACUCAACAUGGGGUCUCUCGCAGGAAUGGCUGCUCUGAAUGGUGGGCUUGGCAGUGGGGGCCUGUCUAAUGGUACAGGCAGCACAAUGGAGGCGCUGAGCCAGGCAUACUCAGGCAUUCAGCAGUAUGCUGCAGCUGCCCUGCCUAGCCUCUACAACCAGAACUUACUCUCCCAGCAGAACAUGGGUGCUGCUGGCAGCCAGAAGGAAGGUCCCGAAGGUGCCAACCUCUUCAUCUACCACCUACCCCAGGAGUUUGGAGAUCAGGAUCUGCUCCAGAUGUUCAUGCCAUUCGGCAACGUCAUUUCUGCCAAGGUGUUCAUAGACAAGCAGACCAACCUUAGCAAGUGUUUUGGCUUUGUAAGUUACGACAAUCCAGUUUCGUCUCAGGCUGCAAUUCAGUCAAUGAACGGUUUCCAGAUUGGCAUGAAGCGACUGAAGGUUCAGCUGAAGCGCUCCAAAAAUGAUAGCAAGCCAUACUGAGUGUUUUUUCUCUCGAAUGGACUUGUUAUAAAAUGUUUUCUGAUAUCUUCGUUCCCGUUUGUUCAUCGUUUGCCUAGCAUGUCGAUGUGACGUCAAAAGUUCAUCGUCCAGUCGUUGUCCUCUGCGCUUCUCUGAUGCUUGAAAUUUUCAUCUUUUGACACUUAACUUUUGACGCUUAUACAAGGAUUUUUGGUUUUUUUGUGUGCUCUUCAUUGCUGUUGAUAGUGAGUUAGAAAGACUGCUCUUUCAAGAAAAAAUGUAUAAAGUUACAUUUAAAUAUUGUUACAAGCAAAAAUCUAUUUUUCUAGAACUUCCUAAGGUAACCACUAGAUAUUGCAAAAGUGUAAUUUUUGUAAUAGUUUUGCCUGUUUACAGGUUUUCUUUUCCCUAUUUUGUGUUUAGAGCAGUCUUCCUAUUCAUUUUUGUCAGAAACAGAUUUAUAGAAUUUACUUUGUGUGUGUGCGUGUGGUUGUGUAUUCUGUUAAGUUUUUUAGGAUGUUAUGUCAUUAUGCUUAAACUGAGGAUGACUUUGUAAAUGUGCUAGGCUAGCUGACUGUAAUGUGUCAUUUGGGAGCUCCUAUAAAUAGUGAUGUCAUUAGACACAUGGAUUGCCUCUUCUGUCUAGUGUGUCCAGCCACCGCAGGCACAUAAUUUGCUUUCGUUGGGAAAUCAGCAUUUGUCUGAAGUUUGAUAUGAAAAUCUAAAAUGGGCACAAUUCAGUUACUUGUCACAAUUAGUUUAGCCUGUAUCUUGCAUGCAUAAUUUUGGUAACUGCACUGAAAUCUUCAGCAAAAUGUGAUUUAUUUUUGUUUAGAAAUUUGGAAAUGAAUAAACUAGUGCCAAAAGUUAGCAUGUUUGGUCACAUUUUCUGUACCUCCUGUUGCUUUCCCAAUAGUCUAAUCGUGCAUUAACACAAAAGGUGGUUUUGUUUCUGUGUUUGAGAUUACUUAGUGUUGCAGUGACUAAUCAAAACGGGUGCCAUUCAGGUUCUUACCAGGUGAGUUGACUAUGUUGGGGCUCCGAUAUAAUGAAUUUGUGUAUACUGUCUAUGAAAUUAAUGUUUGCAUUGUAUGGGGUACAGUGUGGCUCGUUUCAGGAAGGAGGUUCGCAACUAUUUCAUUAGACUAAAUCACACUCAGAAGAUCAGUAUUCCAGUCACUUAUUUGAUGGCUGAUGUGAGUAAUGUAUUCAGCUAUAUCACAGUAGGUUUUUUUCCCCCAUCCCCUUCUUAACCUGUGAAUGUGCCCAAAUCUUCAAUCCACAUAUAUUCAUGCUGGGACUCUAAAUAAAACAUCCAUCCUGCCAUACUGUAACUCAUGUUUAUCAUUGCAGACCCUGGUCAUUAAAGAUUAUGGGCUAUUGCUUUGAGGAAAUUUAAGUAUUUAGUUUAACAGCAUUGUAAAGUGUUUUGUAAUGUGUAUUGCUUGAUAGGUGAGAGACAUCAUAAGUGUUUGCAAUUGAACAAUUCGCAUAUUUUGCAUUUUUUUUUUUGGAUGGGAAACACUGCUUUAUCUUCUGGAAUUUGUAAUGUGUGUGACUUUGGAAAGGCACGGAUUUCUUGUCUCUGUGUUCCAUGUUAGAGUACUCACUUUGUCCUGGCAGCACAAAGUAUUGUAUCGAUCAUGCUGAUGAAUUGGUGAUCAGUUCAGUUAUGUUCAUACUUGUCUUGAUUUGACCUUAAAUUGAAAUGUUUGGAGCAGCAUUCCGCAACUGCUUAAAAAUGGUCAAAAGCAAUGGUUUUUAGAAGGUGGAUUUUUUUUUAAUGCUUUGUUUAUAACCAGGGAUUUGUAGAGCACAUGCCUUAUGAAACUGUUUUGAGUGGGAUUUCCCCCCCCCCCCCCGAGCUGGAAACAUAAAUUCCCGACCAUAUAAAUUAGUGCAUUGAAAUUUUGAAUCAGUUUGUCCUUGAUGGAUAGUUUUCUGUGGCUUUAGAUGGAUACUGCUAGUACCAGUACAAAACUGGAAAAACAAAUUUGUGGACUGUAAACGAAAUCCCUGAUCCCCGAUUUCAAAAUUCAAACUGACAUUCAGAUUAGACUCCUUGUUUCAUUGAUCUGAGACAAUGUAGCGACUGACUUCCAGCUGCUUUUUCUUGUUCCUGAGUGAAACCUGUGGGAUUUUUUUAAAUUUGUGAUGGAUUAUAUUUAAAAUUAGGUUUUGUACAGUUUUGCCUUUUCUACCAAGAAAAUGUUGAUCUGUUUUACAAUGUGAAAAAUUUAAAUCAAAAGUGAAGCCUUCUACAAUUUGCAUCUGACCAAACUAAGUCUGUCCUUCAAUAAUAUUCAGCAUCGGAAGGCAAAAGCCAAGAGUUUUGGAAAAAAAAAUACUUUUCUGUUUUUGUCAUUGUGUGAUUUUUGAUGUAAAACAGUUUAAAAAAUUAGAUGCUUAUGUUUCCUUUUAUAAGAUUUCUGUAGACUGAGUUUGGAACAUGCAAGCAUUUUGUUUCAGGAUUUAAUUUUGUCUUGAUAGUAGUAUAUACAGAUCUUGGUAUGGGGCUAAAAACACUGAACUCUUCAAGCUGUCCUUUUGUAUGCCAUGUGUGGUACCUCUGUUUUCGUAUGAUUAAAUAGUUUAAGAUUUA